UCAUCAAUAUGUGUUGUGAAUGUGUGCCUAGGAGAUAUGUUUGAAAACGGAACGGACGUGCAGAACAAAAGUGGAAAUUCAUGAAAAUGUUGAAAACAAAUGACGAAAAUGAAUUAUUCGUUUCGACUGUGUCGAAAUGGUGAGACUGUUUGGGACAUUCACAAAUUAUGCCGCGGUCAGUUGCAAGCGAAAGGGCUACGGGGCAUGUGUGUAGCCACGAGAUGAGAUUUGCAUUUGUCGACGAGUGAAUGUGAUGUGCUCGAAAUAGUCGAAAUAGAAGUGAAAAUUUCAAGUGGAAUUUGAGGAAUUUUCAAGUGCGAAAUGCCGGCAAGAAAACAAAAAAACAAGAAGAAACAUCACCAACAUCAGCAACAGCAACAAGUGCUGAAUAAACCGUCAAAUUCUAAAGCAGAAGGGUCGGGAAAAAAUGAGUCGAGCGAUUCGUCCACCAAGCAGUCACCUUUUAGAAUUGAGAAAUCGACAAUAUUGGGACGUUAUGUGGUGGCAAAUCGCGACCUGAAGGCAGGUGAACUGCUGAUAACGGAGGAGCCCUUGGUAAUAGGACCCUGUGUAUCAGCAGAUGCAGUCUGUUUAGGUUGUUACAUGCCCGUAGAGCUGGAAGCAUCACAGUACCGCUGCGCAGCUUGCAAAUGGCCCAUGUGUGGACCGCAAUGCCGUGGCCUACAUCAGCCCACCGGCCACACUGCACAGGAAUGUGAGCUAUUGAGUACACACAAUCUGGGCGCAGCGCUAAGCGCCGCCUCUGGCCAAGUCGAUUUGGUGAAGAACUUCUACGAACUCGUACUGAUUGCGCGCAUUUGCCUGCUCAAGCAGCAGUCACCGGACAAAUAUGCGGACAUUCUGCAAAUGGAAUCUCACACCGAGCUACGCAAGGCUAAUACCGAAUUGUGGCAACACUAUGAGCAAAAUGUGGUGCAACGGCUGCAGCGCGAUUGGGGUAUGCGCUCAAUGGCCGCCGCCGCUGAGAUACAUACCAUUUGUGGUAUUUUGGAUGUGAAUUGCUUUGAAAUCGGCCAGAAUUCGGCCAAGGCUCGCUGUCUGUAUAGGAGCGCAUUUUUGCUUGCACACGACUGCUGCCCCAACACCGCACACGCCGAUGAUCCACAAACAUAUGCGAUUAUUUUGCGCACCUCCAGAGCCAUACGAAAGGAUGAGGGCAUUACGUUGAGUUACGCGUACACGCUGCAGGGCACCUUGAAGCGGCGCGAGUUCAUGCAUGCUGGAAAGCUAUUCUGGUGUAGUUGUUCUCGCUGCGCGGAUCCCAAGGAGUUGGGCACGGACUGCAGUGCGCUGCUGUGUCCGAAGUGCAGAGGUGGAUCAGUGCGCACAGUUGAACCCCUGAAUCAGGAGGCUGAAUGGAAAUGUGAUCGCUGUGACUAUAAAUUGCAGUCUAAGGAAAUUGUUAAGUUGUUGGAUGCAAUCAACAAUAAUUUGGAGUCAAUCGAUGCGCAUAAUAUACCGGGGCUGGAGGCGUUCUUAAAAAAAUAUGAGCGUGUUCUAGGACCCAACCAUUACCUACUUCUUUCCGCCAAGUAUUUACUUUGUCAAAUUUAUGGUCGCAUAGAGGGCUACCUGCUGCACACAAUGCCACUGGAAGAUGUGGAGAAGAAGGAAAAUUAUUGUCGCGACUUUUUGCGUGUCGUAGACGCGCUAGAACCGGGCAUGACACGCUUAAGAGGACUAAUUUUGUAUGAAUUGCAUGGCGCAAUAAUGAUGCGUUCACAGCGAUUAAUGAUGGCAGGCGAAAUAGGUGAAUCCGAAUUUAAGCGCAAUAUUAAAAAUGUUAUCAGAUGUUUGCAAGAGAGUCGCGAUAUCAUGCUACUGGAACCGGAGGGAUCGAGCGAGCGCGAAAUGGGUGUGGCAGCGGCUAAGGCGCUGGUGGAAAUGGGAGUUAAUUGAAUUUAAGGAUGAAAAUUAUAUCAGCAGGUCUUCUCGAAUGGUUGAAAUUAGAUCUGGGCGAGGUCCAUUUUUACAUAGUGCAAUAGCUAACGCAUUGAACUCAAUUCAUAAGAAAUCAUUGCAUCAAAACUGUCGCAAAGCACACACACACACACAAGUAUACACACAUACACACACACUGACACAUUAUUCCAUAAUCAGAAUUCCAUCGCAACUUUAUAUCUCACCAUUGAAAUGCAUAUACACAUUUUGAAAAACAUGGAGCAGGGGUGACCAGUCGGAGUUCAAAUGUUCUUUGAGCUCUACAUCCUUGACAUAAAGUAUUUACUUUCAUAGCUCAUACUUUUUAAAAUACAUUUUACUCUUCCCAUUUCACUGAAAGAGAUCUCAUGUUGCGCUUAACAAUAAAAUCAUUUAUCACAUUUUUGA